GCAAUCUCGGAUCCCAGUUCACAUCUCUAUCAUUCAUACACACUCACACACUCACUUACUUCUAUCUAUCUCCCUCUCCCUCCCUCCCUACCUAUAAACAUACAUCUCUCCAUACACCCCCCCUAUCCAUCAAACCACCCACAAAUCCUAAUAAACAACACCACCAAAGCACACCAGAAACAAGAGCCAAAAGCAAGCCCGAAAAGAAAGAUCGAGAAGAACCAAAAUGAACACCCUAACACCCUCAACCCUCUACAUACUCCUCCAAUCCCGGUCCACGCCAUCGACAUUCCACUGGUCCCUGUACACAACCAACACCCACGGCCCCCUAACCCGGGGCACGAAACACGAUCUCACAGACGAAAAAGCUCCUCGCCGACUAUGGUCCUAUAACAGCGCGCCUGCCAACCUGCUCGAGUCUCAAUCGCGGCCGGUCAUCGCGGCCGUCAAGGUGGACGUCAUUGACGACGUAGAGAUGCUGCGAGGCGCGCUGGAGGAGUGUCUGGCUAAUGUGCCGCGGACGGCGUAUUCGUCGCGGUUUCGGGAGGAGAUGAGCUGUCGGGUUUGGGUGAAGGAGGCGCUGUGGGGGCUUGAUCAGGGCGGGUUCAUUAAUCUUGGGGAUCGGGGGAAUGUGUUGGGCAUUCAGGGCGUGGAGAGGGAGGUGGUUAGGGCUGGGUUGGUGGCGAUGUGGAGGGGGGUUUUCGGGGUGUAUGAGUUGGGUGAAGAGGGUCUUGGGGUGAGGGAGGUUGGAUAGCUGGUGGUUGGUUGUUGAUGUGUUACUUGAUUGUACGGUUUUGAGGUUUGUGUUUGGGUGCUUCGAGUCUGAAGUUUUUUUUGGUGAUGUCUCUUACUAGUCGUAGUACAUUUCACGGAUGCUAUGUCUACUAUGACCUUUUAAGAAAUGGAGAGACCACUACAGGUUCACACCUGUAAUCCCUCCUAGGAGAAACUUUUUUUUUUUUUUUUUGUUUUGAAUUCUCAC